AUGUUCAGAAGCUCAAAGAGAAGAACUGCUGGUAGAAGAAACUUUGAGUCUGCUCAAAUCAACCCAUCUAGUGAGGACUCAUACAUCAAUAACACGCUAUUCUCUGCAAAGCUAUCAUUUUAUCAGUUACCUCCAGUUGGUGAAAUUACUUUAGAUCAGUUUGAAACUUGGGCCAUAGACCGUAUCAAAAUCUUGAACGAGAUAGAAUCUGCAACUGUUAGAAAUAAAACUUAUAAAGACAUAGAAUCAACUGUUUUACCAUUGUUGAAUCAAUAUUUACCAUUGACAAGUUCAAAUGAUGCAGAGAAAUUGAAAUUAAACAAACAAAAGGACUAUUACUCCCAUUUCAUUCUUAGAUUAUGCUUUGCUCGUACCAAAGAACUCAGAGAUAAGUUUAUCAAAAACGAAACUAUCUUAUUCAAAAUCAGAUUCAAUCAAUUAUCAACUAGAGAUCAACAAGUUUUCAUCAAAUCUCUAAAUUUACCAUGGGAUUUCAUUACACCAGAGGAGAAACAAAUUCAUUCAGAUAAUUUAUUCAAGGCAAUUGCUCCAUCUUUACAGUUCCAGCUUCAAUUAACUGAUGAUAAUUCCAAGAGAAGCUUCUUUGAAAAUGAAAAUUUCAUUAAAUUACCAUUUGAAAACGUUUCAGAUUUAGUCUCUCACCGUUCCAUCUUUUUACACAAAGGUUAUGCAUACAUCCCCCAAUUUCAACAAUUACAACUAUUAUUAAAUGAAUAUCAAUCUCAUUUAAGUACCCAAUUAUUAAGUGCGGCUCACGCGUUCCCUUCAUUGGAUGAGGAUGAUAGAAUCUUGCCAAUAUUGACUCAUUUAUCAACAAACUCAAAUGUUUCAUACACCCCAGAUUACGAAUCUGCAAAUUCUUCAGAUAUUAACGCCAAAUCCAUCUACACCAAAAAGAUCAAUUCAAAUUUCCCAUUAUGUGCAUCUCAAUUGAUGAAUGGUUUAAAUCAAACCCAUCAUUUGAAAUACAUUGCAAGACAACAAUUCACAUUGUUUUUGAAAGGUAUUGGUCUUUCAUUAGAUCAAGCUUUAGAAUACUGGCAAAAUGAAUUCACAAGAUCGAUUUCAUUGGAUAAAUUCCAAAAAGAAUAUGCUUAUAAUAUAAGGCAUACUUAUGGUAAAGAAGGUGCAAGAAUCAAUUAUAAACCUUGGGAUUGUAAAACUAUUUUAUCCAAACCAAGACCUGCAAAGGGCGAAUUUCAUGGUUGUCCAUAUAGAGAUUUGAAUCCUGAGAAUUUAUCAAGAAAUUUACAAAAUAUGGGAUUGAGUGAAAAAGAUGUUAUGGAUGUUGUGGAGAUCAGCUCAAAAGGUGAAUAUACUGGUGCUUGUACUAAAGUUUUGGAAUUGAAGAGUGGGAUUAAUGAAGUUGUCGUUCAUCCAAAUUUGUACUUUGAUAGAAUGAGACAAAGUCAAGUUAAGGAAGAAGAAGUGAAAUGAGAAGUUAACCAUGAAUUGUAUACUAUAAAUUAUUAUGACUGUUAUUAUUGUCUUCAGUAGGAUUCUGAGCAUCUUCUAG